UUCCACGGCCGCGCCGAAUAUGCCAGGGCCGCUGCUCGGAGACGUCUUUCCGGAUUUCGAGGCAGAGGCCACCACUGGCCAAAUCAAACUCCACGAGUUUCUCGGUGACUCAUGGGGGAUCUUGUUCUCCCACCCCAAAGACUACACGCCUGUGUGCACCACAGAGCUGGGUCGGGCCGCCAGACUGGAGAGUGAGUUCCGUAAACGCAACGUCAAAAUGAUCGCCCUGUCCGUCGACUGCCUGGAGGAUCACCACGGCUGGACCAAGGACAUCCUGAUGUACAACUGUGAGGAGUCUCCAUCCUGCUCACUGCCCUUUCCCAUCAUAGCGGACAGCAAACGGGAGCUGGCAGUGUCCCUGGGCAUGCUCGACCCAGACGAGAAGGACAAAGAUGGCAUGCCGCUCACUGCCCGCUGUGUGUUUAUCAUUGGGCCCGACAAAAGGCUGAAACUGUCCCUGCUCUACCCCGCCACCACAGGACGCAAUUUUGAUGAGAUCUUGCGGGUGGUGGAUUCGCUCCAGCUCACAGCGGGGAAAAGAUUGGCCACACCUGCCGACUGGAGGCCUGGAGACUGUGUGAUGGUUCCUCCGAGUAUGUCCGAGGAGGAGGCUGCCUCCUUGUUCCCAGCUGGCGUCUACACCAAAGACCUGCCCUCUGGCAAGAAGUACCUGCGCUACACACCCCAGCCAUAAGCACAAUACUGAUCUCCGUCACGCAGACUCUACCUUAAUCUAGCAGGUCUCAAUGGUCCCCUGGACAUCAGGGUCUCAACUACUGCUGGUUUCUUCCCUAAGUAGUAGAUAAAUGCAGUCAGAUGGAAUAAAAACCGGUGGCUUAAGAAACAUUUGAGGUUUUAUGAAUAUAGACAUGUUACAGUAGGUACAGCUUCAGUGAUAAAAGUUGCAAUUUUUGUCCUACUUUUCUAAACGGGGAUUUGUUUUUGAAAGGUUUAGUUGGGAACAUAAACUACCACUGUCUGGUAUAAAAAGUAAGAGCAGAAUUGACGGAAAUAUUUGAAACAAUUGCAUAUGCAGUAUAUUUUGGUAACGUAUGAAUCUGUUUUUGGAGCAAUGCAAGAGGAAGUGGUUUAUGUUGCCAUUCGCACACAAAUUGAGGUAAUGACUGCACUGAACAGAGUUAACUAUUUAAUUACCAGCCAUCACCCUCCUAAUCUUUCCCAAACCAAAUGUAUACAUUAUAUAUUAAAUGGUGUAGUAGUGGCAGAAUUGUAUACUAACAAAUAACUGACUUUAAUAAUUUUGCAUUAGUUCUGAAAGGAAAAGCUAAUCAAUUUGACUGAAAAUCUUGGGAAUUUGCUGUACCUGUCGUCUAAUGGUUGAGUGUUUGGUCCAUGAAUUUCACCUGUGUGGGACAAUAAAAGCUUUAUUGUUGCUA